AAUCCCCCCGUUGGAUGCCGGCGGGGGAAGGUCCUGGCGCUGUUAACGGGAUUCUGUCGCAAUCUCCUGUGUUAUCAAACGUGCCAAGUGCGGAUUCGGUUACACGGAGGCUGUUGCCGGUCAAGGCUGUUGUGAAGUGUCACAAGCGGUUGCUGUCAGCCCAAGCUGCCUGUAGAUGGGGACCCCCAGCCCUGCCCGCAGGUCCGUCAAGGGGAGUCUCGCAGAGUCCGGUUCGGCUGCAGAAGAUGUUAAUGUUACUUUUGAAGAUCAACAGAAAAUUAACAAGUUCGCAAGAAAUACUAGCAGGAUCACAGAGCUGAAAGAAGAAAUAGAAGUGAAAAAGAAACAACUUCAGAACUUGGAAGAUGCUUGUGAUGACAUCAUGAUGCUGGAUGAUGAUGAUUCACUUCUCAUACCCUACCAAAUUGGAGAUGUCUUCAUUAGUCAUUCCCAAGAAGAGACACAAGAGAUGCUGGAGGAGGCAAAGAAAAGUUUACAAGAAGAAAUUGAAACAUUAGAAUCCCGAGUGGAAUCAAUUCAGAGGGUGUUAUCUGACCUGAAAGUUCAGCUCUAUGCAAAGUUUGGAAAUAACAUAAAUCUUGAAGCUGAAGAUAGUUAAAGGUGUUCUAAAUAUGCCAUACAACUUUUUUUAUUGAAUGUUUUUUUGUUGACAUUGUUCCAAUUACAUAAAAAAAAAUCUUCUUUUUUUUUCCUUUUUUUUUUUACUUUCCUGUCUUGGGUUCCAUCUCUUUAAUGAGGGCUUUCUUAUUUUGGUUAUUGUAGUUAUUUAUUUGUUCAGGAAAGCAUUAGCUUCAUACAGUUGGUGAAGCAUGAAGAUUGGAAUCUUUGCAUUGCUUAUUAAAUUAAUAAAGUCAGACAGAUAUUGUA